AUGGCAGGGCGGGAUGGGAGCUCUGCGGAACGUGAUUCGAGGUCGGAUGGGGGUUGGGAUGAGUAUGGGGAGGAGUAUGGGGAGGAGGAUGGGAGGGGGGGGAGGGAAGGGAAGGAAGGGAGAGAAGGGAUGGAAGGGAGAGAAUGGAGGGAAGGGAGGGAAGGGAUGGAGGGACAGAGAGGGAAAGAUGAGAGGGAGGAGGAAGAUCAGGAGGAGGAGGAGGAGGAGCAGGAGGAAGAGGAGGACGUUUUUCCAGUAGCCACGCCCCCUGCUCUUGCAAGAAAUUUGACUAAGGAAAAGCAGAUGCAAGGCCAAAAAUUGCAGAAGCAACAGAUGCGGCAAGGGCAGCAGCAGCAGCAGAGGGAGGAAAAGGAGGAGGAGGAGGAGGUGGAGGAGGGGGAGAAGGAAAGAGAUUUGUGGGAAGAGGAAGACGAGAAGGAGGAUGAGGAGAGGGAUCCAUGGGAGGAGGAGGACAAGGGGGACGGGGUGUACAGUGGUGAGGAUGUGGGGAGAAUGAGAAGAGAAGAUGAGAGAGAAGGGGAGGGAGAAGAGGAGGAGGAGCAUCGUGAUUUGGAUGAUGAUGAGGAGGAGGAGGAGGAAGACGAGGACGAUUCUGAUGAUGAUGAUGUUGCGAUAGCUGUAGCUGCAGAUGCCAUAGCCCUCGAUGUGAACGGGCGCGAGCAUGGGAUGGGGGAAAGAAACGCUUACUCACACGCACAGGGGUUCCAGAAGCAAGGAAGAGAUGAGUCAGGCGAGAGGGCGUGGGAGGUGGAGGAGGAGGAGGAGGAGGAGGAAAGGCGAUCUUGGGUGGGUGGGCAGGAGGAGGGAGGGAUGGAUGGAGCAGGAGGGGUGAGUGGUGCUUUCAGGGAGUUAGGUAGUGGGAUGGUGCAGGAUGGGGAGGAGGAGGUGAAGGGGAAGGGCAAGAAGGAGAAAGCCAAGGGUGAGAAGGUUAAGAAGGUCAAGAAGAAAGUAAAGGAGGAGAAGGAGAAGGAGGGGAAGGAAGGGAAGGAAGGGAAGGAGGGCAAGGGGAAGAAAGUAGUAAAGAUGAAAAAGCAGGUGAAGGAGAAGGAGGGGAAGGAGAAGGAAGGGAAAGAGAAGGAAGGGAAGGAGAAGGAAGGGAAGGAAAAGGAGGGGAAGGUUGAGAAGGUGAAGAAGAUUAAGAAGAAGCUGCAACUGCAGCAGCCUUUGCAGCAGGAACGGGAAGAAGGGGAGGUUUUCGACCGUCAGAUGGAGCAGCAGUACAAGCGAUCUCAGUCGUUGGAUCACGGCAAACAUGCCGCCCAGCUAGCAUCGGCCUCAGAGCAUCCCCUGCCACACAAUCUGAGCUUCGUGUCGCCGCCACAUCAUCAUGCAAAUCAAAUCUCCACCCCGCACCGUGUCUCGCCGCCCAGUAACAUCUGCAUGCCGCCCCAUCAUGUCUCGCCGCCGGCCGAUCGCGUCUUCCCGCCGCCCAAUCACGUCUCCCCACCCCAUUACGCCCCCAUGCAACAACAUGCGUCGCCGGCCAAUCACAUACCUCCAGCAUACUACACGGCCCCAUCGCCACGUCAUCACGGCAUGGGGCAAGGCAUGGGGCAAGGCAUGGGGCAAGGCAUGGGGCAAGGCACAGGUUAUGGCAUGGAGCAUGGGGUCGAAAUGAUGGCAGCAACGGGCAAUCAUGGCAGGAUGGGGAGCGAUAUGAGCCAAGGCAUGGGGCAAGGCAUGGGCUAUGGCAUGGAGCAUGGGGUUGGGAUGGUGGCAGCAACAGGGCAUCCGCAGCACGGCCGGAUGGGGAGCGAUAUGAGCCAUGGCAUGGGGCACGAGCAGCAGGAAUCCCAAACUCCCUAUGGGUUAGGUAUGAUGGCAGCAGCAGGGCAGCAUGGCACAAUGGGGAGUGACAUGAGUCAUGGCAUGGGGCACGAGCAGCAGGAAUGCCAGGCUUCCUUUGAGCCACCUCAGAAAGCGUUCGGGGCGCAACGAACGGCUUUCGAGGUGCCUCCGAAGCAGGGGUGGGAUUCGAGGGGUGGCGUGGGGGGGCAUGGGGAGGAGCAGAGGCAGCAGAUGGGGCUUGGGAUGGGUGAGGAGGAGAUAAACAGCGGUGGUGAUGCACGGGUGGCGGACAGGUGGCGGAACGUGAUUGGCCGGCCGUUGGAGCGGGUGGAGGAGAGAUACGAGAUGGUGGGGGAGGUGCUGGGGAGGGGGUACUUUGGUGGGUGGGUGCUGGGAAGGCAGGUAACUCAUGAGUCGAGUCACAACGAGGUGGCAGCAUUGGACACGGUGCGAGGGCACCCCCACAUUGUGCAGCUGGUGGAGACGAUAGAGGACGAACAGGUGGCAGCACUGGAGACGGUGCGAGGGCACCCUCAUAUCUUGCAACUCGUGGAGACAAUAGAGGAUGAGGAGGUGGGUGACAGUCAUAUCUCGCCUUCUUGUCUCCGUCCCUUGCAUCCCACUCUUGAAUCUGGCGCCCGCUAUAUGUUCCCUGUCAUCCCCCUCUCUCUCCCCCCAACCCCAUUCCCCCCGGGCCAUCUACCUGCGCCCUCUCAUAUUCCCCUUCACAUUCCCCACCUCGACCUCCCCAGGCCAUCUACCUCAUUCUCCAUCGCUGUGAGGGCGGCACACUGCAGCAGGCCGUCCGGAAUCAAGGCUCAGGAGCUCACACAUUUCUACCCCCUGUCCAACCCCACACCCCUCUCCCCACCAUCCCCCCAGGCCAUCUACCUCAUCCUCGACCUCUCACACUGCAGCAGGCCGUCCGGAAUCAAGGCUCAGGAGCUCACACAUUUCUACCCCCUGUCCAACCCCACACCCCUCUCCCCACCAUCCCCCCAGGCCAUCUACCUCAUUCUCGACCUCUGUGAGGGCGGCACACUGCAGCAGGCCGUCCGGAACGAGGGGCCCUUAAACGAGCGGCGGGCGGCGGCGGUUUGUCAGGGAGUGGCGGCGGCGCUGCAGUGGUGUCACGGGAGUGGGGUGAUGCACCGCGAUGUGAAGCCGGAUAACAUCCUCCUAGUCAGGCGGGGGGAUGACUCUUAUGUCAAACUCGCCGACUUUGGCAUCGCCCUCUUCUUCCAGGAAGGCGCGGCGAUGACACUUAUGUCAAGUUGGCCGACUUUGGAAUAUCCCUCUUCUUCCAGCAAGGUGAGAGCUGCUUGUAAGGGACUGGCGCAGGGGGGCGUUGCAGUGGUGCCACGGGUGUGGGGUGAUGCACAUCACCGCGAUGUGAAGCCUGAUAACAUCCUCCUUGUGCGGCGCAAGGAUGACAGCUAUGUUCAACUGGCUGACUUUGGCAUAUCCCUCUUCUUCCAAGAAGCCCGACAACAUCCUCCUAGUCAGGCGAGAGGGAAAGGGGUGUCACGGGAGUGGGGUGAUGCACAUCACUGGGAUGUGAAGCCCGACAACGUCCUCCUUGUGCGGCGAGGGGAUGACAGUUAUGUCAAGCUGGCCGACUUUGGCAUCUCGCUCUUCUUCUACCAAGGUGUGUCCUGCAGGGAGACUGUGGGGUCAGCAGCCUUCAUAGCACCGGAGAUGCUGCAGCACUCCUACUCCCACACAGUCGACGUCUGGUCGAUAGGCUGCGUGCUCUUCUUCCUUCCAAACCCACACAACCAACCCUCUCUCCUGCUCUCCCCUCCCCUCCUCCUCCUCCCCGCGUCCCCAGGGGUUCCCUGCAGGGAAACAGUCGGGUCAGCAGCCUUCAUAGCACCGGAGAUGCUGCAGCACUCCUACUCCCACACAGUCGACGUCUGGUCGAUAGGCUGCGUGCUCUUCUUCCUUCCAAACCCACACAACCAACCCUCUCUCCUGCUCUCCCCUCCCCUCCUCCUCCUCCCCGCGUCCCCAGGGGUUCCCUGCAGGGAAACAGUCGGGUCAGCAGCCUUCAUAGCACCGGAGAUGCUGCAGCACUCCUACACCCACACAGUCGACCUCUGGUCCCUCGGCUGUGUGCUCUUCUUCCUCCUCGCGGGGGUAGUGCCCUUCCGAGGCGCCACCAAGGAGGAGACGUUUGAGCGAAUCAUGGAGUGCCACGUGGACAGGGCCAUGCGGUUACCACCGUGGCCGCGGGUGUCCCCCGGGGCAAAGGACCUGGUGCGGCGGCUGCUAACGAGGGACCCCCGUGAUAGAAUCACCCUUGAAGAAGUUCUGUGUGAGUGA